GCCACAGCGGCCUCUACCAGUGACGCUCGAUCUGCUCUAAGGGCGACCAAUGGUGCUGGUCUCCUACCAUGCCCGGACUGCGGUCGUGAGUUCUGUGGCAAGGCAGGGGUUUCACAGCAUCAACGUCGCGCACACAAGGAGGCCUACCACAAAGAUCAUGUGCUUGAGCAGAGGAAGAAAGCACGCUGGGUUUACGAGGAAAAGGUUCUCUUGGAGAGGGUAGAAAAGAACAUGGUAGAGCUGGGUCUUACUAUAACUAGUAAGACCAUGGCAGAACAGUUCCCGAGCCGCUAUUCUGAGUCAAUCAAGAAGAUGCAGCAGACGGCGGAGUAUAAGGGAAUCUUGGAAUCAUUGACCGGUGUGCAUGGAACGCAAGACGGCCCUGCUGGGGGGAGUGCUUCUUCCUCGGCGGGCCUUGGAACACAAGACGGUAGGGUGGAGGGGGGUGAUUCCUCUGAAGCCCAAGCCACCUUUGGUGCAACAUUGCCAUCCCUGCAGGUUACACGAGAACAGCCUGAGACCAGGGUUUCCGGGCCCCAAAUGACUGACUCUACUGAGCAGUGCGGGUGGUCGGACGCCUUGAGGAGGGCGUUGGAGGGAGUUCACUUAGACUUAGGGGAAGUAACAAUCGAAGAGAUUGUACCCGGUUGUCCCGAUAACCGGGUUAGGAGCGCGCUGGAUAUAGCGUAUGAGGCCUGGUUGCCGUCUCGCGAGAGGCAUGCGCCAGGUUCUCGUCCUCAGCCUCAGCGGACCGAGGCUCAGGAUCGACCCAGAGUCAGGCGCAGGGCACAAUAUGCCCGGGUUCGGCCGGAAUACACCAAGAACAGGUCCCGCUGUGCCCAAGAUGUCAUCUCUGGUGCCUGGCAAGAUCCGCCAGCUACGCUGCCUAUGGGAACGCAACAACCGUUUUGGAGAAGUCUAUUUGAGCGAACUUCGGUGCCUGACAACAGGUGUCCGCAGCCUGUGGGGCCGCCAACGUGGGAACUUAUGGCCCCUAUAAAAACUGAGGAUGUCGAACGGUCUCUGAAGGGGAUGAAGGAUGGAGCGCCAGGGCCAGACGGCAAUCUGGCUUCAAGAAAAAUCAUUCAACUUCGUUAG